CAAUAUGUCAGUUCUGAUCCGAAGGCCAAAGCUCCGUCGGAAGAAUACCAUCUCCACCGUUUCCAGCCUCUCCGAUAUCUGAGCCGCCUCUACAACCACAAACUGUGUUACGAUGAUUGGGUUUUUGAUGAACAACGGUAAUUGGGGGCCAAUGCAAGGUGGAGAACCCGCCAUGGACGCCAUCGAUUGGAGAGCUCGAAUACAAUCAGAUUCACGACUAAGAAUCGUCAAUAAGAUAACGGAUACAUUAAAGAAACAUCUCUCUUUCUCUCGUCAAGAGGGAUUGCAUGAACUCAAGAAAAUAGCCGAAAGGUUUGAGGAGAAGAUUUACACUGCCGCCACAAGCCAGUCCGACUAUUUAAGGAAAAUUUCGUUGAAGAUGUUGGCAAUGAAGACUAGUCUCAGAACUCCAUACCCCAUUCUUUACCAACCAACAACCUCAACGGCGUUAUUUGAUACGAUUGUUUCUAAUUUCACCUUUUCCCUAAGUUUAUGCUUUCUGACAUAAAGUAUGGUCAAGCUUAUUUUCACAUAUACAGCUUUCUCUUGGUAAAAAGAUCAUGUAUCAUUCUUGUGACAUUUUGGAAUCUAAAAAUAUAAAAAACUAUACAUAUUGAACGCAGGUUAAAUAAACUGCCUUAUUUUAUUAA